CAAGAAGUAGUGCGAAAGUCGGAAGCUCGGCGUCCUUAUCUGGUAGAAAUCAGACUGAACAGGAAGAGGAGGAAGUCGUUCCAGAACCGAGAAUAGCUAGCCAUGAUGAGGACAUCGAGGCUGCCAACAGAGUUGUUCUGGUCGAACAAGAGCCAUCUGAGGAAAGUGCAAGUAAUGAUAACUUUGCUGAACAAGUGAGUAGUGCUGUCCCCUCUUCGUCUGUGUCUUCCUCAUCGUUUGCGUCGGCCUUUGCCUACGGAUCCUCGUCGUCAGCGGGCACAGGUUCUUCCGGGGCACCAGGAUCCUACGAAUAUGCGUCAUCCUCGACCUCUGGCACAGGAAGUGAGUAUACGUACGGCGCAUCCUCAUCAAGUUCAGGUGCUACUGGUGCUGUCAGUGCUGCAGCGCCUCGCACUGUCCUGAAAAAGGCGACCGCACCAGUUGCCGUUGACGUGAAGAAACUCAAGGCAUCAUCAAAAGAGCCAGUAGCCGCACCUUCUCAAACGCCUGUAGAUCUUCCCCGUUCUGAGUCUG